GGACACCAUCAGGAGUUGACUUUAUUAACAGACAAGAAGUUCUAAACGACGUAAAUCCAGAGAACCCAGAGACCAAAGCAGAGAGAUCCAUAAAAACCUACAAGUCUUCACUGGACCUUGAAGAAACAUCUGAUAUUGGUGCAAAUCUCAGUGCUAGACGAUUCAUCUCUUUAAGGAGCAUCUGGGAUUCCAAUCAAUCUUCUACGGACACAUAAUUUUGCCACAAAAGCCAGAUCAUUUUAAGGGCACGCUUUAGGAAUCGCUUGGGUGAACUUCUACAACAUACUGAAUGGAGGAUCCAAUAUCAGAAAUGUCCAUGGUACAAUUUGCGUCACCAACAGAGUCUUCCAGGAGCAACUCUACUGAUGACAGUCAAGAGGGUAAAAGUCCCGCUCCUGGCAAGGUCCUGAACUCUGGACUUCUCUGUAAAGUGUGUUCUGAUACCAGCAGCGGGAAACACUAUGGAAUAUAUGCUUGCAAUGGCUGCAGUGGCUUUUUCAAGCGUAGCGUGAGACGCAGACUCAUCUACAGAUGUCAAGCCGGUACAGGCAUGUGUCCAGUUGAUAAAGCCCAUCGAAAUCAGUGCCAGGCCUGUCGCUUAAAAAAAUGCCUCCAAGCUGGCAUGAACAAGGAUGCUGUCCAAAAUGAACGUCAGCCCCGCAGUACCGCUCAAGUCAGGUUAGACGCUCUGGAUGUGGACAAAGACAAGGAGCACCUGGCAACCACCCUGGAGCCCACCUCCUCCUCCACCUGCUCCGUGAUCAACCGCCCACUGCUGGGCUCCUCUAUCAGCUCCAGUAUCAGCUCCACCGACAUCAGCCAGGCCUCAAGUAGCCCUAAAAAUGGACAUCGCUUCAUGGCAAGUCUCAUGACAGCCGAGACCUGCGCCAAGCUUGAGCCAGAGGAUGUGGAUGAGAAUAUUGAUGUUACCAGUAAUGAACCCGAGAGGAGUUCUCCGGAGUACAGCAGCUCUCUUUACCCCACACGUGGCCCUGAGAGUGUGUACGAGACGUCAGCCCGCCUGCUCUUCAUGUCUGUGAAAUGGGCCAAGAACCUGCCAGUGUUUUCCCACCUACCUUUCAGAGACCAGGUGAUUCUACUUGAGGAAGCAUGGAGCGAGCUUUUUCUUCUGUGUGCAAUUCAGUGGUCGCUACCACUGGACAACUGCCCCCUGCUGUCCUUACCUGACCUCUCACCCCCAGGACAGGGCAAGGGCAGCCCCUCUGCCUCAGACCUGAGGGUCCUGCAAGAAGUGUUUAGCCGCUUCAAGCCCUUGCAAAUGGAUCCAACUGAGUUUGCAUGCCUGAAAGCCAUAGUACUGUUUAAACCAGAGACACGAGGACUGAAAGACCCAGAGCAGGUGGAAAAUCUACAAGAUCAGUCACAAGUGCUGCUAGCUCAACAUAUCCACACUCUUUACCCGAAUCAAUUCGCCAGGUUUGGCAGACUAUUGCUUCUUCUUCCAUCCCUUCACUUUGUGAGUUCAGAAAGAAUCGAGCAGCUUUUCUUCCAGAGAACCAUCGGGAACACGCCCAUGGAAAAACUCCUGUGUGAUAUGUUCAAAAACUGAAGAGCUUUUUCUAAGAGACUGAUCCUAGAGGAGUGAAAUCCUCUGAUUUUAGGUGCUUCGCUUCACUGCUAUGCUAGUUAAUAUGCCAAUGAAUCUGCCUAAAUGCUGAAAAAGCACAAAUGUAUAUAGGCCACAUAAUAAUUUUGCAUAGGUUUCUUAAUGUAGGUAUCUUUAUGUCUUAUUUUGUGACUCUUUUUAUUUGUUUUAGUUUUUAUACCCAUAAUAAUUCUCAUAAGGCUAUGCAUCUCCAUUUUGUGGAAUCUCAGAUUUUUUGCCUUUUUUCAUUGUAAUAGAUUAUUUAGAAAUAUAUUUGAAAAUAAUGAUCAAAUACCCUUCCCUAAA